AUGCUUUUGGAAAACAGCCACUUCAGGCCACGUGGGGUACUCGAAUGGCGCAAGGCCGGCAUUGAGCUUUCUACGAGCUCAGAUGAGGCUGCCAAGCUGCUCGACUGCCUGUUCUACCAGUUGUACAGCUUCAGCUCAGACGUCAGCCUUGGCGGACUGAAGGGAACCAUGCUUCGAAUGCGAAAUGCCGACCCAGAUUUCAUACUCCCGCAGCUUUUUCAAUACAAAUUGCGUAUAAAGGGGCCUUCAAUACACCAUGAGCCGUUCAAAGUCGGCCUGAAAGACUUUAAAUCAGCGCUUGCCCAACAGACAGCCUGUAGGUUCCACAGUACUUUUAUCUCUCGUAUUUUCUCGCCUUUGUCUCGCUUGGCUCUAGUUUCCUGUUGA